AUGCUAUAUUCUCUUGUUAAUGUAAAUGAACGAUUCGAUCGUUUGGUAUUGAAUCCUAGGAAUAUAUCUGAUUUAAAUUUGACAAAUGAUUCAUUAGUCCAUUAUCAAUCGACUUCAAUGGAACAAGUUUUGGCUGAAAUUCGUGACAAAGUGUUGCCGAGAAUUCAUGAUCAAAUAAUUCGAUUAAGUGUUCAGUCGAUCCAUUUGCAACCAAAGUUUUUUACUAUUGAUUAUCCUCAACUUCGUUCAUUGUCACUUGAUGUUACACGAGAAACUCUUUUAGAUAAUCUAACAGAUUUCUCAUACAGAUAUUGGUUUCCUAGUCGAUUUCGUCAAAUUGAUACAUUAAACAUCAGAUCAAACAAUACUAUAUGUUCAACUAUAAAUAAAUUAACUAUAAGAGUAUCUACUUUCAAUGAUUGUCUUUAUAUUCUGAAUGGAUGUUUUACAUCUUUAACUAUAUUGAUUAUUGAUAUAUACGAUAUAAUCGAUUCUUCUCAAAAACUGGAUAAUACGAAAGCACUAGACAAUUUGAAAUUUGUUUCAUUAACAUCGAGCGGUUUUACGAACUACUAUGACGAUGGGAUUGUUCCGUUGUUAAAUCGAAUGAUAGGUCUUGAAAAACUUGUUUUAUAUUUGGCGGUUUUAAGACCAAAAGGAUUACCAUUCAUAACUGAAGAUGAAUUAUACGAUGAUUUUCUCGCCUCAAUGCCGCUAUUAAAGAAAUUUGAUUUUAGUAUCCAUACAUUUCUAUCUCAGCAAUUUAUCCCAACAAAUAUUCAAAAUGAUUCCAUCCGAAUUGGAUACAAACAAUCGGAUUCAUAUGUUGAUGAAAACUUCGUAAUCAAUGAAUUCGCAUAUCAUUUCUACUCGCUUCCAUAUUAUUUCCAAGCUUUCCAUCAUUUAAACAAUUCAUUUCAAUGCCAAGGUUACACAUUUGAUCAAGUUCGCUUGUUGACAAUGAGUGAUCAGAAGCCAUACGAAAAAGAAUUUUUUCGCAAAGUUUCUCAAUACUUUCCUUUUCUAAAUCAUUUAGUGAUAUUUAAUACCAAAGCACCAAAAGGGGAAGAAAAUACAUCAACACCGAUCACAUUCACACAUUUGACCGAAUUGAAUCUUUGUAGAUCACAUCCGGACUAUGCCAAACAAUUUCUCUUAAAAGACACAACUGCUUUACCAUGUCUAAAAAAACUGCAUGUCGAAUAUGAUUCGCUUGCAUUACUAACAAACUAUUUUACUCUUGAUGUUGAAAAUUUGAAUUCGUGCAAAGGAUCGAUUAACAAUUCUUCUACAUGUGGAAAAAGCGCAAAUCCGGAAUUUGCACGAAACAUACGACGCUCUUCAGCUAGCGAAGAAAUCAAGGAAAAGAAGGCGACUUAUCAACAAGAAAAAAAGAAAUCUCACAUCAUUGCAGAAGCGGUUAAUGAGGCCUCAGAAAAUUUAAGAAAACUUAAGAGAAAAUUGAAAACCGUUGAACAAUCAUCAGAAAGACAAUUUACAGUCGACAAAGGAAAAAUUUCUUCGGGAAGAGAAGGAUCGAAAAUGGACUACGCCACUUGGAGGCCAGUGGGAUGUGAUGACGUGUCGACAACGCACCGCGGUGAAAAAGAACACUGCUACCAUGAAGCGGUCGAAGCCCUCUAG